UGAAGGGCAAGAUGAACAUGCAUCGUGAUAACAUUAGGUAGUUACUAGUUAAAAGCCCACAACAACUUGGUAGUGACACAUUAUAACAAAACUACUUUCUUUAGGCUUCUUCGGUCGUUAGAUCUGAAACUCUCUCCUCUCCCAAUGUCGUAGAUUGUAAGCAAACUCUUUUCUCACAUCAUCACAUACAGCCUUGAUUCCAGGCGUCUCUCUUCAGAAACAAUGAACAGGAAUCUCAGAGAGUCUCUUGCCGGUGGGAGGAAUACUCCGGCGAUCUCACAGUUCCGCAGAGGCAAUAACAACAACAACAACAUCUCUCAGAACGGUUUCUCUAGAGAUUCCGAUGAGAAUCUCGAUCUCUUCUCCAAGAUCCGCCGCUCCUUCCCGUUGUCUUCUUCCUCUGAUGAAUUACCCGACGUUUCUACAAAACUUGGGAGGCUCUCUGUCGGAUCCAAACCAGCUCCCAGAGGCAAAGGUGAUGAUCUAUUGUCCUCUGCUGAAGGAGGCAAAAAUGAUUACGACUGGCUUCUUACUCCUCCUGGAACACCUCUUGGGAACGACUCUCAUUCAUCUUUGGCUGCUCCAAAGAUCACACCUUCUGCUAGAGCCAGUUCUGCUUCCAAGGGAUCAAGGCUUUCGGUUUCACAGUCUGAGACCAGUUACCACUCCACACGUCCAGCUAGAAGCAGCUCCCUGACGCGCCCAUCCAUUUCCACCUCCCAAUACACCUCAAACCGUUCACCAUCCUCCAUCCUCAACACUAGCUCAGCUUCAGUCUCCUCCUACAUCAGACCUUCAUCCCCUAGCUCCCGCUCCUCAUCUUCCGCUAGACCUUCCACUCCCACCCGCACUUCUUCCGCCUCACGCGCCUCUACUCCCUCGAGAAUCCGUCCAGGCUCAUCUACUUCGUCAAUGGACAAGCCUAGACCGUCACUAAGCUCGAGACCAUCGACUCCAACUUCAAGACCGCAGCUCACAGCUAACUCCCCAAACAUAGUCGCUUCUUCCUCUAGACCAAACUCUCGUCCUUCAACCCCUACGCGCCGAACCCCAUCCAUCUCCUCUGCAUCCGCCACUAUUUCAAGCGGACGCAACGGUCGUGUCACGCCUUCAUCGUCUAGGCCAAGCUCUCCUGGACCUAGAGUCCGAACCACCACAACGCCGCAACAGCCGAUCGUGCUGGCUGACUUCCCUCUAGACACACCGCCUAAUCUCAGAACAAGUCUCCCGGGGAGACCAUUAUCAGCUGGCAGGUCUAGACCAGCAGCUAGUAGUAGCAGCAUCACAACAUCAAAGGCGAGUCCAGAACCAAAAGGUCCUCUGACGAGAAGGCACUCAUCUCCUGUCGUGACUAGAGGAAGACUCGCAGCACCAGAGCCACCACGAAGGAUUUCAAACGUUGCGGAUGUAGUGACUUCACGGAGAACCCUGAAGACUUCUUCUUCUUCAACCGUCGUCACUGACAGUAACAACAACGGUCUCGGGAGGUCCUUCUCAAAAAAUUCACUUGAUAUGGCCAUUAGGCACAUGGACAUAAGAAACGGAAAGUCAAACGGUUGUGCACUAUCAACGACAACGUUAUUCCCUCAGAGCAUCAGACAAGCCUCGUCCAAGAUACAGCCAAUCCGUUCGGUACAUAACCAUUCUGAUUCUAUAAGCAGUAGCAGCGCGGAGAACGGGAACGAAGCAAACGAGGGAAGAAGACUGAUGGGGAAGCUUAGCGACAUGGACAUGUAUGAGAGCUCGAGGUAUGACGCCUUGUUGCUGAAAGAAGACGUCAAGAACACAAACUGGUUACAUAGCAUUGAUGAUAGGUCAUCGGAUCACGGACUCAUGUUCGAUAAUGGAGGAUUCGAGCUGCUUCCUGAGCCUUUUGGCCCACUAUAACAUACACACCGAAAAGUAAACAAACUUUUUUUUCUUUUUUUUUCGAAAACCACUUUUCUUCUUUUUUUUUUCAUUUAUUUAUCACACACGGUCUUGUUUGCUUUUGUUAAUGGUGUGGAGAAAGAGACGGAUUAUCAGAUAUAAGGGUUCUUGGUUCUUUUGGUUUAUUGAUUCUUGAGUAAGGUUUGUAACUUUGUAGGAGAUGGUAACGUUAUUAUAAAUAUUUCGAGGAGAUGGUAACGUAACGUGGGACCUUCAAGCU